GGAUCAACUUCUCUCCAGCAAUAUAUUAAUAGUGCAACAUCAUGUGUAUGGGUGAUAUUGAUGCUCCGUUGUUUAUCUUUGCCUAUGGGUCUGUUAUUUGGAGGCCGGGAUUUGAAUAUGAAAGUUCUUUUAGUGGUUUUAUCAAAGGAUUCAGAAGAAGAUUCUGGUUGGAGGAUUUAUUCCAUAGAGGACAACCAAAUCAAGAAGGAAGAACGCUUACAAUCAUCAGAGAAAAUGAUUAUCAGAAAGUACUGAAAGAAAAAUCUAAUAAGCCUAUUUGUUCUUGUCAAUAUCAAAAUUUUGCUCACAAAUCAUCUUUACAACAUGAUAUCAAUUCCAAAAGUGAAGAUAUGGACGAGGAAAUAGUUUGGGGAACUUGUUAUAAGGUAUCAUUUGAGAAUGCUGAGCGAGUGAUGAAAGAUUUAGAUUAUAGAGAAUUGGUUGCUGGUUAUCAGAAAACCAGUGUUAAGGUUUACGUUUCUGAUACGAUUGCAGUUUGUCAGAAUGCCAUAGUUUAUUAUUUUGAUCCGUUUGUAAAUAGAGAACAGCCAAAGAAGUGUCCAUUCAUUGGUCCAGAGAAUAUCUGUUGUUCAUCAAAACAUAUUGCGAGAGCUUUUGGCCAUUCAGGUCCAAACAGAGAUUACCUCUACAGGUUACAGGAAUACCUACCUGUAUCGGACCAUUAUGUGGACACUCUGGUUCAUCAUGUGAGAGCUCUCGAAUCGCAUUAUCCAAUGAAUUGUUCCAUUCUGGAGGUAUUAAGAAAAGGUGAAGAAAAAGGUAGUAUUCUGGUUGAUCAAGGAGCCACCUCUGCACUUUCACAAAGAUGUAAAAAUCUUCUUGCUUGUGGAAUAACCAAGUUAAUUGGCGAGUUUGAAAGGGAUGACAUUGUUACUAUUCGAGAUUGUAACAGUAGAAAGAUAAUUGCAAAGGGAUUCUCUAACUUCAAUUCUAAGGAAAUUGCUCAAAUGCAAGGCAAGAAUCUUAAAACUCUCUUGAUGGAAAAUAAGGUUACCUCAAUUACCAGCCACAAUAAUACGACAACUCUAACUACAAUUUGUAACACAUCAACUAAUGCAACAAGUAAUCAUGUAAUUCAUCACCCAACAGAAGUGAUCAGUAAAUCUAGAAUGAUUCUACUGUGAAACAACAUCUCUAUAAAAUUAUUGAAUAAACUUAUUGAAAUCAU